GGAAGUAACAGAUGAAUGUCAAGAUGUUUAGAGAACCCUACUCCCAUCUUCUUGAACAUCACACAAUCAGUUUUCUGAACUAGUAACAUCGCACUUUACUGCGAUGGCAGAUAACGUCGACCCUCCUUCGGACGAUGGGCCCAGUCAGGGUACCGUAGGUCGUCUGCGCAACAUGUCCGUCAGCGCUGCUUCCAAGGUCAUCAAUCUGAAUCCCCAGCUGGGCAUGUGGAAAGCAACAGGCACAGCAAUUGCCCAUGCGCCAAACCUCAAGGACUUGAGGUCUCCGGUCGUUGGUGGAGAAAACAUUGUGUUCGACGAGAAUGGUCACAGUGCUCGGGUAGCCCACGCCGAUGAUCUGAAGCAAGGCUUCCUUGUCAGGACCAAGACUCAGCAGGAACGAAAGGACACCAAGUCAUCUAUAUCGCCCUCGGAAUCUAGCCAGUCGAAUGAGAAGAAUGCACUGCCUGAGGUGGUCAAAACACAAAGCUCUACAUAUCAGCCGCCUGUUCAAGAAGUAGAGCAUGUCAAAGUGCCCUGGACCACGGCUGCGAAGCAUGGUCUGACUGCAGCUCGAAAAUUCAUUCUCACGCCCACUGGCUUCCUGAUCACGGUCUACGGUCUCAAUGUCGUGGCUUGGGGUGCCAUGUUGUUCUUCUUGAUCCUCAAAGCAGCACCUGCUAUGAACCAUCCGGAUAAUGGAGAUGCGGACUCCUCCCCUCGCAAAAUCUGGCUCGAGAUCGACUCGCAAAUUCUCAAUGCUCUCUUCUGCUUGACGGCAUUUGGUCUGGCUCCAUGGCGAUUCAGAGACCUGUGGUGGUGUGCGUGCUGGCGAGCUGGAUGGGGGCCUGAGAACGGUCAUGCUGCUCUCAAGAAAUUGGCAAAACGAAACGACGACUGGUUCCGCAUGGGAGCUCGGCAUGGUGAAGAACAUCUUGAAGACGAGCGACUCACCUUUACCGGCAAGCAUGCGCCCCCGACGAGUCCUUGGAAGCUUGACUUUGUUGUUUGGCUAAUAGUGUUCAAUACCUUGUUUCAGGUCGGUAUGGCGUUCAUGAUGUGGCACUACAAUCGAAUCGACCGUCCGACAUGGGGAGCUGGCCUUUUCAUCGGAUUAGGUUGUGGUGUUAGUAUGAUCGCGGGUGUCAUGUCGUGGUGGGAAGGAAGAAAGAUCAAGAUCAUCGAAGGUCCGAAAGUGCUCGCGAAAUCUCAGGAGGACGAGAUAUGAGCGACUAGUCAGUCACAGUAUUGCGUACACACUGUCAGGCAUCUGUUCCAUCGCUCUCGCGCUAAUUUGGUAAUCGAAACAAAGUGAGGGACCUUUUUCAAAGUACCUCCCUACGACCGAGGACGUCUAUUGUCGACCGAGGCUAGGACUGUUUAAAGAGAGAGACGAAGGAUAAUUUCGUCGGAAGAAUUGUGGAUG